AUGCUGCCUGGGGUCCUUCUCAGCUACACCCCCAAGAUGGCAGCAAACAGCAGCAACACGGGGAGCAAACCCAGCAACACCGGAGGAAAACCGUCCGGUCCGUCGGCCGAACAGGUGGUGGCAACAUUUCAGAGGAUGCGUCAGGAGCAGCGCAGUAUGGCUUCCAAAGCUGCAGAGUUGGAGAUGGAGAUCAACGAGCACAAUUUAGUAAUUGAGACCCUGAAGGAUGUGGACGCUUCGAGAAAAUGCUUUCGUCUAGUAGGAGGAGUGUUGGUGGAGCGGACGGUAAAAGAAGUUCUACCCGCCUUGGAAACCAACAAAGAACAGAUCUCCAAGAUAAUCGAGUCCAUCAACACACAGAUGCAGUCGAAAGGACGGGAGCUCACAGAGUACAGGGAACGCUAUAACAUCCGGUUGGUGGGAGAGGGUGAAGCAGAAGGCCAAGGCCAGUCAGCGGCGUCUUCCAGGGACAGCGAAGGAGGCGGGUCUAAAAGCGGAGCUGGCGUUCUAGUGUCAUAGUUUGAAUUAAGAGAGGGCGACAGUAGGGGCCUUAUGAUUUCUGCAGCACUGAAAACACAGUUGGAGUCACAAAAUCUAGGUAAUAAAAAUGUAACUUUUCGCAGGAUAACUUUGGUUUUGACGACAUUUCUGCAAAAUCAUAAUGCACUUGAUAUUGAACCAGUACACAUAGUUCUUUGCUUAUGUAUGUGAAUGCUAGUGCAUGUAAAAAUUAAGGGUGUUCGUCUUGCAUUUGCCUUUCAGUGAAUCUGACUUUUUUUUUAUUUCUGAAAUACUGUGGCAUAAAUUAAACAAUUCAAGUACUUGUUUUAGUCUUAGUAUUAUUUACACAUGAGCAAGUAAUAUUAUUCUGUCUCAGAUUACAGAAAUUGUUAUUUUUCUCAUGUAACAUAUAAUUGCAGAGGCGCUGGGUUAAAAGUUUAAAAAUAUUUUCAAAUACCUUUUUAGAUAGAAGUAUACGCGGUUAUUAAAUAAAAACAUCACAAUGCGUCUAUAAACCUUUGCAUUUUGUAAACUUCAGAUUUUGGACUAACAACUUAAAAAAUUAGGAAAAAUAAAAGCUGAUUUCAUAAGGUCCUAAAGUAGGUUGAGCUUUGCAAAGAGUCACCCAGCUCAGGUCCUGGAAGGCAUUUUGACAACGUGUGUUAUGAGCAUGAACAAGAGAUUAUACUGUAAACAUGGCACUAAAGACCAAAAUGAAUUAGCUUUGUUCAAGUCCCCCCCCCCCCGUCCACUCUGUGGAACAUUUUAUUCACGAAUUGUAAAAUUGUGUUCACAUGUAAGCCACGCACAGCUGGUUUGUACUCAUUAUGCUGAUGUGAGGUCGGUCUGUGAUCAUUGGUUCCUAAAGUGCAUGCUGUGAUGUGACAAGAAGUCAGUGCUACCACCACAUCUUAAGAAUAAAGCCCUGUCAUUGAAAACACAAUAAAACUUGUACAUGCUUCAACGUGAAGUGGCUGAAUUAAUCUUUUAGCACAGUCUAAACUGAGGAAAUGCCGCCUAGGACCUGAUGUGUGCACUGUUUAUGUAGUUGUAAAGACACAAGUGUUUUUGUUGAUGGUCAUGAAUUAAAGAAUGUGACAAUUGUG